GAGAAUGAGAACGGGAAUAGUAGUGAAUUUAAUAAGCUAUCUGGUGAUGUGUUAACUUGUAUUUUUCUAAAAUGCACGGUGAAAACAUUAUCCAUCUCAAGGUGUGUAUCCAAGUCAUGGAAUGAUUGUAUUAUUAGUCCCCUGUUCGUAUGUUCUCAUCAAAAACAACAGUUGAUGGAAAAUGCCCCCCAACUUCUUUUUGUGAAAACAUUCCGUUAUUUGCGACGGUCAGGUAAGUUGAAACUGCAAUUUAUUUCACUUGACAUGGAAGGAAGAAAUGAGGAUUUGUACACAAUCACUCACUAUCCUGAUAGACAAAUCCAUUCUAGCCGCUGGACUGUAAGUGCUGGUUUGGUUUGCCUUUCAACAGAUUGUUGUAUUUAUUUGUGCAAUCCCGCCAUCCAUCAAUUACGUGAAUUGCCCGACUGUUCACCUUCUGCUAUCCCUGGAUAUGAACAUUUUGGUUUUGGAUAUCUUCAUUCAAAGAAGGAAUACAAAGUGGUGCGUUUUUUCUAUAUGGGUCCCCCCGGUACUCUUCCUGUUGAUGUUGUCCUUGCACAGCUAAGAUGUGAAGUUUUUACUCUAAAUAGUUGGGGCAUUUUGAAUAGUAGAUGGAAAGAAAUCGCGGAGCAACCUCCAUAUCAUCCGGUUUUUCCCGGGGUGUUAGUUAAUGAAUGGAUUGGAUUUGAUGGAUUUGAAAGGGACGGUCUGCCUACCAGACUAUGCUAACUUUCUCAAGAGUUCAAUUCUAGACUUGUGGAUACUGAAAGAUAAGGUAAGUUGCAGUUGGGCGAAGGAGUAUAGUAUCAAUUUGGGGGUAAGGUUCGACCCUGAGGAAUUAGGUUGUUUUUACAGCUCAUGGAAUGAAGAAAUAAUAUUCCGUCAACAAUUGGGGGUGAUGAUGGUCGUCUUCUUCUAUGACAUAAAAACAAAAUGCUUUAGACAAGUCGAAAUACAUGGGAGAGGACCGUAUCAUAUAUACUGGAAAACUUUGUUCUCUUUAGAUUCGUAAGUCCCUUUCAAGUAGUAUUUCUCUUACCAUUCUAUAUGUUCAAACUCAUAUUUUCUUUGUUAAAUGCAAUUGCAAUUUUCUUUUGUUUCAUGUGAUGAUGUUGUAACCCAUGUCAACUUUUUGUUGAUUAAGGCAAUUACAUUAUUACUCUA